CGUUGAAGGAUUCUGGGUUCUAAGUUGACUUGGACUUGGAAAUGGAACCGCACGAAAAGGCUAUGGCUGAUGAUUCUGACUCAGCAGCUGGAGGAUUCAGACGGCCCAGGCUCUUCAUCAAAGAAAUGGUCAUGAAAAACUUCAAAUCUUAUGCUGGCGAGCAACGAGUUGGCCCCUUCCACAAGAGCUUUUCGGCUGUGGUUGGACCUAAUGGGAGUGGAAAAAGCAAUGUGAUCGAUGCCAUGCUCUUUGUGUUUGGGAAGCGAGCCAAGCAGAUGCGACUGAACAAAGUUUCUGAGCUUAUCCACAAUUCUACAAAUUACCAGAAUCUGGACAGCGCAGGGGUUUCUGUUCAUUUCCAGGAAAUUGUUGAUUUGGAUGGUGAAACAUAUGAGGCUGUUCCAGGGAGUGACUUCACAAUCACUAGGGUGGCCUUCCGUGAUAACUCAUCAAAAUAUUACAUUAAUGAUCGCCUCAGUAAUUUCACUGAAGUUACUAAGAAACUCAAGGGCAAAGGUGUGGACCUUGAUAAUAAUAGGUUCUUGAUCCUUCAGGGUGAAGUUGAGCAAAUUUCACUUAUGAAACCAAAAGCUCAAGGACCACAUGACGAGGGUUUUCUAGAAUAUCUCGAAGACAUCAUUGGGACCAACAAAUAUGUUGAAAAGAUUGAUGAAUCGUAUAAACAGUUGGAGCUCCUCAAUGAAAGAAGAUCGGGAGUGGUACAAAUGGUCAAGCUAGCUGAGAAAGAAAGAGAUAGUUUGGAGGAUGUGAAGAAUGAAGCAGAAGCAUACAUGCUGAAAGAGUUGUCUCUUCUAAAAUGGCAAGAGAAAGCCACACAACUGGCUUAUGAAGAUAGCUCUGGAAAAAUGGAGGGGCUACAAGGAAAUAUUUCUAGCCUAGAAGAAAAUCUCAAGAAUGAAAGGGGCAAAAUCCAAGAAAGUAAACAAACUCUGAAGGAGCUUGAAGCUAAGCACAACAACUAUAUGAAAAGACAAGAGGAGCUAGAUAAUGAUAUGAGGAAGUGUAAGGAAGAGUUCAAGGAGUUUGAGAGACAGGAUGUUAAGUAUCGGGAAGAUUAUAAGCACAUUAAUCAAAAGAUCAAGAAACUGGCUGAAAAAAUUGAAAAGGAUUCAUCAAAAAUUGAAGCCCUAGUGAAGGAGGGUGAGGAAUCAACUAAUAUGAUACCAAAGCUUGAGGAUGCUAUCCCAAGGCUGCAAAAACUAUUACUGGACGAGGAGAAGGUUUUAGAGGAAAUCAAAGGAAGUUGUAAAGCUGAAACUGAGAGAUACCGCUUGGAGCUUGCCAAAGUUCGGGCCGAGCUAGAGCCAUGGGAGAAAGAUUUGAUCGAGCACAAAGGAAAACUAGAAGUUGCAUGUGCAGAGAGCAAGCUUUUGAAUGAAAAGCAUGAAGCUGCUCGUGGAGCUUUUGAGAAAAAACCAGAUGCAAAAUAUAUUGGAAAAAGAGUAUUGCUCAAGAGUGCAUAGAAAAGAACAAGCGUGAUUCCUCUCGAACAAGCUGCUAGACAAAAGGUUGCAGAACUGAAGUCUACUAUGGAUUCUGAGAAGAGUCAAGGAUCCGUGUUAAAGGCAAUCUUGAAAGCCAAGGAAACCAAACAAAUCGAAGGAAUUUAUGGCCGCAUGGGUGAUUUAGGUGCUAUUGAUGCAAAAUAUGAUGUUGCAAUAUCAACAGCAUGUGCUGGACUUGAUUAUAUCGUGGUAGAAACGACCAACGCUGCACAAGCAUGUGUUGAGCUACUCCGAAGGGAGAAUCUUGGUGUUGCAACUUUCAUGAUAUUGGAGAAACAAGUCGAUCUUCUUCCAAAGUUAAAACAGAACGUAAGCGCUCCAGAGGGAGUUCCACGCCUCUACGAUUUAGUGAAAGUUCAAGAUGAGAGAAUGAAACUUGCUUUCUUUGCAGCACUAGGGAACACAGUUGUAGCUGAUGAUCUUGACCAGGCAACACGUAUUGCAUAUGGUAGAAACAAUGAUUUUCGCCGAGUUGUUACUCUAGAUGGUGCACUUUUUGAAAAAUCUGGAACAAUGAGUGGUGGAGGCAGUAAGCCACGUGGUGGUAAAAUGGGGACAGCAAUUCGAGCUAGCAGUGUGUCACCAGAAGCUGUUUCAAAUGCUGAGAGGGAAUUGUCUGGGAUGGCUGAUAAAUUGAAUGCCAUUCGCCAAAGGAUCCUGGAUGCAGGGCGGCGAUACCAGGCCUCAGAGAAAGCUGUUACAGCCUUGGAAAUGGAGUUGGCUAAAACACAGAAGGAGGUUGACAGUUUGCAUUCACAACAUAGUUAUAUUGAAAAACAACUUGCUGCUCUUGAGGCUGCCUCACAGCCAAAAAAGGAUGAGCGUGACAGAUUGGAACAGCUGAAGAAGAUUAUUUCUACUGAGGAAUUGGAAAUUAAUAAGCUUAUUGAUGGGUCUAAACAGCUGAAGGAAGAGGCUUUGAAGCUUCAAAGGAAUAUUGAAAAUGCUGGGGGUGAAAGAUUGAAGCUACAGAAGUCAAAGGUCGAGAAAAUUCAAUCAGAUAUUGAUAAGGAUAACUCGGAGAUUAACCGCCACAAAGUCCAAAUAGAGACAGGACAAAAAAUGAUUAAAAAGUUGACUAAAGGAAUUGAGGAAUCUAAGAAGGAGAAAGAACGGCUAGGUGAGGAGAAGGAAAAGUCAAAAGCUACCUUCAAGGAAAUAGAACAGAAAGCAUUUGUGGUGCAAGAUAAUUUUAAGAAAACACAAGAGAUGCUUGAAAAACACACAGAAGUCUUGGAUGAAGCAAAAUCUGAGUAUGAUAAGGUGAAGAAAACAGUAGAAGAAUUGCGUGCUUCUGAGGUUGACGCUGACUUUAAAUUGAAAGACAUGAGGAGAGAAUAUAAGGAGUUGGAAAUGAAGGGGAAGGGUUACAAGAAAAGACUUGAUGAAUUGCAAACAGCUCUUCAAAAGCAUCUGGAACAAAUUCAGGUUGAUUUGGUGGAUCAUGAAAAGGUUCAGGCUACACUGGCUGAAAAUAAGCUUAAUGAAGCUUGUGGUCUGAAAAAGGCCCUUGAAAUGGUGGCAUUGCUGGAAGCACAGAUGAAGGAGAUGAAUCCAAAUCUUGAUUCGAUUUCAGAAUAUCGUGAGAAGGUAUUGUUAUACAAUGACCGGGUUGAGGAACUUAAUAAAGUCACUCAGGAGCGGGAUGAUAUUAAGAAGCAGUAUGAUGAAUGGAGGAAGAGAAGAUUGGAUGAAUUUAUGGCAGGAUUUAAUGCCAUAUCUUUAAAGUUGAAAGAAAUGUAUCAGAUGAUCACACUUGGAGGUGAUGCUGAACUUGAACUUGUGGAUUCUUUGGAUCCUUUCUCUGAAGGUGUUGUGUUCAGUGUUAGACCGCCAAAGAAAAGCUGGAAGAAUAUUGCAAAUUUAUCUGGUGGUGAAAAGACUCUUAGCUCAUUGGCGCUUGUUUUUGCUCUUCAUCAUUAUAAGCCUACCCCAGUUUAUGUAAUGGAUGAAAUUGAUGCUGCUCUGGAUUUCAAGAACGUAUCUAUUGUGGGGCAUUAUGUAAAGGACAGGACUAAGGAUGCGCAGUUCAUUAUCAUAAGUCUCAGGAACAAUAUGUUUGAGCUGGCAGAUCGACUAGUUGGGAUUUAUAAAACUGAUAAUUGCACCAAAAGCAUUACUAUAAAUCCAGGAAGUUUUGUAUUAUGUCAAAAAGCUGCUUGAUGGGAUUUGUCACUAAUUAUGUUGUAUAGGAGAUGCUUCGUUGCCAUGGCUCAUGUACUGGUUUUGCAUAAUAUUGUAUUAUUGUUAUUUAUACAGAUAGACGUGCUCUAAUUGAUGUAACGUAUCUAUCCAUCCAUCUUCUACUCUUAUAUCUAUAAAAUCUGGUAAUACCCGAUGUCAAAACAGGUCGGGUUGCUUAUUAAUAGAAUAUCUGAUUGGCAAUUAAA